UAAUUAAAUGUGCGGGCAGAGGCCCAAACAUCUUCGGUCAUAAAUCGAUAAACGGUGAUUACUGAAAGCCAAUGCCUCUGCUGGCUGACCAAUCUAGAAUUUCACUGACAGCGUAUUUUGUAGACACUUGGAACGCUUGUGUGGAACGCUAGUGGUUAUAUUGAUAAACCCUUAGAAGCAUAGCCUAGCCAACGAGGUAGUCCAGCAAUCUAGGGUCGCGGCUGAAUGCGAAUCAUAGUCAUUAACUUUGCUGGCUGCCUCAUUGGGAACUCCAGCUCCACGUUCGAAAGCUGGUAUUAAUUUAACGCUUGAUUAGCGUGCCGCAGUAGAUGGAAACAGCCAAGCAAAGUCACAAUAAAAUUUGCACUGCCGAAAGAGAGGUGGCCCAUGCCACUGUCACCAUCCGCCACAGCCAGUGUUGGCAUGUCUCCAUGCAUUCCCGUGUUUUUGAUAAAUGAGAAAUUGUUGGGAACAAUUAAAGUAUUUUAAUUAAAACAAGAGCAAAAACAUCAACCACUCACACACACCCACACACAAAUAUACACCAGCACACCCGACACAAAUCCAGCAGUCAUUCGCCAAAUGACGGAGCAAAGUGCAAAAAUGGCAAAGCUACAGCAAAAAACGCUUAACUCUUCAACGAUGAUAAUAAUGAUAAUUGUGGGUGCAGCAUUUGUCUCCUCGAAGGAUGCCCCGGAUUCCAAAGAGCCCUUCAGUGAUGGCAUUGGCAAUGCGAACGCCCCAGAGCGUACACGCCGGCAUCAUAUUUCUGAAAGCACUUUGUCGGGGAGGAGGGACGGCCUCACGCAUGGCCUGUCCUUCGGUGCUCCCUGGCGAAAACCAACAUUUGUCACAAAUCAGCCGCCCCUGUCAAUCCGUGGAGAGGCACAUUUAGCUCAUCAUGAAAUUGAUAAAAGCAAUCAAGAAAACACCAAUUCCAGCCGGCGGUCCACCAACUUGACACAAUACCAUCGUCAUCCAGUUAAAUAUGCUGAGUCAUCGCAACUGCCAUCAUCGCCCUCUUCGCAGCGAUCCCCAGCGCCGUCUAAGAAGGACACUCUCUUAUUGCACCGGCACAAACGUUACCUGGUAUUCCCCGAGGGCAGUUCUUUCCAGCUGUCCUUCGAUCUAGUCCUACCAAUUGUGGAUUACACCAAUUAUGCCAUAUUGGGCAUCACAUGCGCAAUUGCCUGGGAACUGCCUAGCAAGCCUGCCUCCGAGAUAAUCGAACAUUUCCGCCAGAAACUUAAUCGUGGCACAUUUGGUCUUGCCAGACGUAACGACUCCGUAGAAGAACUCCAACACCUACCACCCCUUGACAGGUGGGGAAAUGGAGGGAUCGAUGGUCAGCCGACAGAUGUGAUUGGAUCAGCUGAGAAUUUCUAUUAUAGCAAUCAGCCAGAUCCAUCUUACAGCCGCCCAACAUGGCGUCAUUCAUUCGAUAGCGCUGAGAGGCAAUCUCCAAACACGAUGACUGCUGAGUGGACGAGCCAUACAAAAUGGCGUCGGUCGCCGGACAUCGAACGGCAAAAAGUAAGCAAAAAUCGAAAAAUUCUAAAUAAACAUCCCCAACAUCGCAUCUACCCCUUGUAUGGCAAUCAUAGAAGACGUCGUUUCCUCUCCCCUGCCAUGGAUGACCAGACCAGCAAAUUGCAUAAAAUCCAUACCAAAGACCAUCUGCAAACACGCCACAAGUUGUAUGGCAAAAUUGAAAAACUUUACAGAACACGUGGCUACAACGGCUCCGCCUGCAUUCUCCGCACUCUCUGCGAAAUCCACAGAGAACACCGACAACACGAACAGCUGCUGGGUCCUCCAACACCUCGGUCGUUCGUUAUGGAACUUUUGCGUGCCAUGUUCACCUUGCCCCAAGAUACAGUUGCGGCCACAUCCAGGCUCCUUGGCCCCCACUACGUCGAUGCUGUCCGGUGUGCACACCAAGUCCCCUCGUGCCGUCAACGUUACGAAGGUUGUGAGCUCCCAAUUUGGAAUGGAAUGCAGUUCUAGAGAAACGCCAGGCACAGCAUGCCACUGCCACUACCAUUGCCACAUUACAUGUUUGACGGAGCAGCAGUUGUGCUCCCAAAAUUGCAUCGAAAUGUUUUAAUAAACCCCCGAAAAUGUUCCUUUCGAAAUAUUCAGUUUCAAUUAUUAGUUUGAUGCAGACGGGGUGAAGAGUGUUGGCCAUAGGGUUUUCCUGAAUACCUCACACGCACACACACACUGACACUCUUAAGCUUUAUUGUUUCUACAACAUAUGUUUGCCCAAGUUCAUUGUAAAACUCUGCUAAACCGGGGCGGGUGACUGUAAUAGAUGGCAAGCACACACAAACGCUCUUGUAUCCAUUAUUUUCCAUGUGUUUUCGCACACAUAUGAAGGGGUCUUUAAUCUGCACACAUGCACCUACAUAUGUUCGUAAACCGCUCAAUAUUGUCAAACUAAUGUUAAAGUUUGUAAUCUGCUGGAGCGACUAUGAUUUGAGUUCUGUUCCUUAAAUCCCUUCAACAUCCUUGAUCAAACCCAUACCUCGCAUAUGUAGGAAACUAUAUAUAUGUGGAUGGAGGAACAAUGUCAAAAUCUAACAGUCCAUCGGAUUCUCUUUUGUGUUGAUCUAUCGUCGAUUUCCUCAACAAACGGAAAAAUAUCUGUUUUUUUAUUUUUGAAAUAGAUUUUAGAUUUUAGUUUUU